GUAAAAAAAGUAGUAAAAUUGAAACUAGAGCGAGUCGUUUGUGUCGGAGCAGCUGGCAGAAAGUGACUUCGACCUCUUAUUUUUCUACCUUUACUUCAAGAAACAAACUCAGAAAAGAGAGUUUUUCUCUCUAAGGGAAGAGGAAACUUUCUGCUGCCUCUCUGCUGCCUCCCUCUUCCUCGCAGCACCAUGCCGGACAUUAAGCUGUGUUUGGAGGCCCUGUCUGCUCUCUCCGGCUGCAACGUCGAGCAGACCAGCGGAGCCUCCCAGCUCACCCCGCAGGACUUUAUCAACAUCGUGGCUCUCAGGGAGUUUUACAAGCAGGAGGGGUUUAAGGAGCUGGAGUACCCCAGUUUAGGGAAAUUGUCCGUGCAGGACCAGGACUGUGAGGACAUAUACAGCUCCCCCCUAACUCUGACAGAAGGCCCCUCCACCGCCGGGCCGGAGCAGAGCCUCAGAACCACGGUGAAGAUCAACCCUCAGGACUUCUUCCAUCCUCAGUACGACUACGACUUCACCAAGAUAAAGGACGGCGACACCAAGUUCACGCGUGGUAACGAGCAGUACAUUCGUCCCUGUGGGUGGAACCGGGCCGCCCUGCGGGUCGUGCAAAAAUAUGAUGGCGGGGACACCUGGCUCGGGACGGGGAAGGACGCCUGGCCUGUCUCCUACAACGGACACAACAUGGACGGCUCCCUCGGCAUCAUCCUGACCCGUGACAAGAGUGUCGUCGAAGAGCCAAAGUUUCUGGAUGUCGCUGCAGCGUCUCUGGUCGCCGGGGAGACGAGGGGCAGAGGGGUGUACUCCACGCCAGACAUCAAGAUGGCGGAGAAGUAUUGCAAGAAGUUUAAGUCCAAAGUGGAUGGGAAGACGUACAAAGUGGUUCUUCAGAACCGCAUCAACCCAGAGAAGAGGACAAAGUGCCAGAGAGAAGACAUCUGGUUGGUCUACAUCCCUGAAGGCUUUAACGACGUCCAGACGAGGGCCAUCGUGCAGGAGUCCAUCCGACCGUACGGGCUGCUGCUGAUGCAGGCGUGAAUCGAGCUCUGGGGAAACCUCUUCAGAGUUUUCUGGGAAAUAAAUAUAUAGCUUGAAGUUUUCUUGAUUAUCAACAAACAACCUCACAAAGACAUCACACUUAAUCCACUUGAUCAAGUAAAUGUCACUGAAGAGGUUGGGAACUUUCUCCUACUUCACUGACUUGGGACCUUGUGCUGAACUACUGUGCCUUCACCUGCUUUAUUUUCACUUUCAUGUUUAAACGAGAUCUGUGUCAAUCAGUUUCACUUUGGGGGAUUUGUUUAACAUAUAGUUGUUGUAACUAAUAGAAAAUACAAAUAAAAUGCUCAUGGGAUUUUUGUUUCAUCAGCAGCGUUAAAAACAGUUUAUUUCUCUCUGUGAUGUCUUCAAAUGUAAGAAAAGACUGUAGGAAUGAGUCCCUUUGCAUCUGACAGCUUGAUUAUGCUGCCAUCUAAUGGAAUAUUAAGUAGUUCUGAUAACAAGCUUUGACUGUUAUGAGCGUAAUGACAUUGAAUUAGUCUAGUUUCCAUUUAAAAAGAGAAUGUUACCGAUUGUAAUUGUUACUUAUUUUUUUUCCUCUUCCUUAUUGACCAUAAUUGAACAAUAAUUAAAGUUGCUGGAUGAUCAGUA